GAACAGUUGAUCACAUGCAGGAGCACGGGAUAGAUGGAGUACAGCUGACUCAACAACUGCAGGGGAUUUGGGUUUUGCAAUGGAACAGGUAUGGUUGCUGCUCCUGCUGACGAUUAAAGUGCUCCCAGUGACUGCUCAGUUCAAUGGAUACAACUGUGAUGCUAACCUCCAUAGCAGGUUUCCUGCUGAGCGAGAUAUCAAUGUUUUCUGUGGAGUACAGACAAUUACUAUGAAGAUAAAUUUUUGCACAGUUCUUUUUUCUGGUUAUUCUGAGACAGAUCUGGCACUGAAUGGGAAACAUGGGGAUGCCCACUGCAGGGGCUUCAUCAAUAACAACACCUUUCCAGCAGUGGUCAUUUUCAUCAUCAAUCUGAGUACUUUGGAAUCUUGUGGAAACACUUUAGUGGUAUCCUCAGCUCGAGGUAUCAAUGCUUAUGGAAAUACCUCAGUGGUACAGAUAGGCAAUGUUUCAGGCUAUAUUGAUACACCAGACCCACCAACGAUUAUCAGCUAUUUGCCGGGGCUUCUGUACAAAUUUAGCUGUAGCUACCCACUGGAGUACUUGGUUAACAAUACCCAGCUCGCUUCGUCAUCAGCUGCUAUUUCUGUAAGAGAGAACAAUGGUACAUUUAUCAGCACUUUGAAUUUGUUGCUUUACAAUGAUUCAACCUACAGCCAGCAACUCCUUAUUCCAAGCACAGGUUUACCUUUGAAAACCAAAAUAUAUGCAGCUGUAAGAGCAACCAACCUUGAUGGCAGGUGGAAUGUUUUGAUGGACUACUGUUACACCACGCCAUCUGGCAAUCCUAGUGAUGAUCUUCGAUAUGAUCUUUUCUUCAGCUGUGACAAGGACCCGCAGACAACCAUAAUUGAAAACGGCAAGAGUCAAAUGGGCCGGUUUUCCUUUGAGGUGUUUCGUUUUGUGAAGCACAAGAACCAGAAGAUGUCCACGGUCUUCCUCCACUGUGUGACGAAGCUGUGCAGAGCAGAUGACUGUCCCUUUCUUGUGCCAAUCUGCAGUAACAGAGAAAGAAGAGACACUGGUGGAAGGACGACUUGGCGCCCUCAGAGCACAUCGGGCAAUGCUGUAAUCUCUGCUGGCCCCAUCAUUACAAGGAGUGAUGAGACGCCAACCAACAAUUCACAGCUUGCUCACCCAAAUGGACCUCCUUUCCAGAUGAACACGGUCACCAGUGCGCUGAUUUCAGGCAUUGUCGUCCUGGGAAUUUCAAGCAUUUUCUUUUUUGUAUGUUCUCUAACUCUUCUGCACAGAAACUGGCCCAACAGUUCGGUCCUGAGUGGCAUCCGAAACCCAGUUUUCAACUGAAAGUGAUGAUUUGUUUGCACUUUUUGUUUGGGGUUGCCUUUCUUGUCUGUGAAGUAUGAUUCCAUUAAAAAGUAAUAUUAAGGCAACACUCCAGUGGUAUCCAACUUCUGUUCCAGCUAUUCUGUAUUUGUAGAUUUGCUAGAUGAUGUUGUGUAGGUGAGCAGCAGUGAUGUUGGUAACAAGCCUAGAAAAUGUUGAGAAUCUCAAUUGUGUUUGCGAUCAGACUGCAUGACAUUUGCCCAUGAACGUGCUGACAAUAGAGCUCACAUCUUCAUCUGCUCAGUAAGGUCUAAAAGCUGAAGAGGCUGCAGAUGAGAACCUUUCCAAGUAGGCCACUUUAAUACAAAGGCUAACAUGUUCAGGAAAGUUUGUAAGUUCAUAAACACCUAGUAAGAUAAGGAUAACUUCUUUUUUGUUAUUACAUUUUUCACAAAUAUAAGUAUGUCUCAGGAGGAAUUUGUUUUCAGCUGUCUUGGCUAAAAAUAACCUAAGAGAGGCUUGGAACAAGUGACUUUUACUUAUUUGUAAUUUGGAAGUAUUUUCUUAAACAUAUCUUCCAUUGGCUUGUGGAGGUAUCAUGCAUCAAGUAUCACCCAAACUUUCCUCACAGAAAAUUAUUUUUGGAGCACAAUUUGGCAACUGAGUAAAACUCUCAGUAAUGUACUAAUUGUUAAGGGCAAGUUUUGCCCUGUGAGUUUUUCAGUUCUCAGAUAAAGCUUUCAUUUCCACAUGAACAGUCAUCAAUCAGUGCUUAUUUCUUUAGCAGAUCUUCUGCAUGAGUUAGACUUGUUCACUGCAUGGAUGAGGGGAAGAGGGCAACUAGAAGGAUAACAGGCUACAAGCAGUACUGUACUGUUGCCUCUAGUUAGUCUGAUGAACAUCUGACUUACCUGAAAUGAGUGUGAGGGGCAGGUGCCCUCAAAUAGGAGCACAAGGCAGUGGCUUAGCUGUGUAGAGUAGACAAAAAUGCUGGUACUAUAGAGGCCACCAUAGGCACAACCUAUUAAGCUGGACUGGAUAGACAGUUGGGAUUUUGGUCACACAUACAGCAGUUAAAUUUCAUUUUUCGUGUACUGUACAUAUUGGCCUAGAAACACCUCAUUGAUAUUUAUCAUCAUCCUGUGUUAACUGUGUCUGUGACAGAACUGGCUAAUGAUCAGGGCUUUUUGGCUCUCAAGGCUAAAGACAAAUACAGUCUUGUUCUCAGUUUUCUCUGACUCUGCAAAUGCUGUAUAAAGGCCUGUUGUUUGCAAAUUCCACUGUGCUGUAGGGCAGUAUCCCUAACAACCAAUAC